AUGAAAGAAAUACACUUCCUCCAUAGUCAACAAUCUCCGUCACUAUCAUCAUCGUCAUCAUCAUCAAUAGUGAAUAAUUCAAAUGUUUGUAAUUUACAUAGUAAUCUAUUGAAUAAAACAUUGAAUUCUGAUGAAAUUGAACAAGAAAAUGAAGGUCAGAAAUCAUUUCUCAUAUCUGACCUACUGAAUACAAACAAUACUAUGGACAGAAAAGAACAAAUGGAUAUGACACCACUGUCAAUAAAGCAAGAACAAGCGGUCAAUUCACAAGGUUGGUUACCAUUCAUUCUAUAA